AUGGUUAUAGCUUUGGCAGACUUUGAAAUUCCAUCAGAUUUUAUUAAACCUAUGAGUUCACUUAAUAACGCUGGAGGUGAAAAUCGUAUUAAAAAAAUGUUGUUUUUUAAUUCCCCCGUGACUGAAAAAGAAAUUGGAAAAUUUAAAAAAAAUGACCCAAAACUUCGGGAAUUGGAAAAAGAAGCCAAAUUUAUUCAUGAAAUUUGUAAAUGUAGAUUUGUCCUUACUUUUUAUGGAUUUACCCGACGAAACACAAAUUAUAGUGUGAUUUAUAAAUGUGGUGAGUAUAACUUACAAACUUAUCUUGUGGACUACCCGAAUCUGGAAUGGACAAAAAAACUAUCGAUCGCAAGUGGAAUUGCCAACGCGUUAAACUUUAUUCAUAAAGAUUAUAUCUUACAUAAUGACAUUAGAAGCUGCAACAUUUACUUGAAUGCUUGUUUGCAAGUCAAGCUUCAUGGUUUUCGCGUAGCAAAAAGUUCAAAAAUUUCUCCGGUAAUGUUAACUUCAGCUAGUGAACCGACAGAUCAUAGAUGGACUCCUUCUGAGAAAUUUCGAGAUAAUGAAUAUACUGAUGCCAGCGAAAUUUAUAGCUUUUCCUUGAUUCUUUGGGAAAUCAUUAAUCAUAAGACGCCAUUCCAUGAUGUGGAUUACGAUGAGAUAAAAAACAAGGUUCUCAACGGAGAACAUCCACAACCCGUGACAACCAACGGCACGCCUGUUGAAUAUCAAGAAAUAAUGGAAAAGGGAUGGGAUAUAGAUCCAAACAAACGUCCAUCCGCCAAGCAAAUGCUUGAAAUAUUAUGUCAUUUAGAAUCAAAAGAAUGGCUUGGUCAUAGGACGCCUAGAAUUGGGGAUGAUGAACAACUUUCUCAGCCCAAUUUUAAAACGUCAACUUUUUCACCAAUGAAUUCCAAAUUACUUGAAUUCCCAAUCUCAAGAUUAUCAGAUUUAGCAGCAACGACAGAUUCUUGUGAAACUGUAUUGAAAUUGUUUGAAGAAGCGAAGUAUAAUAGAAAUUUAUUUGAUAGGAGCGUGAAUAUUAUUAAAGUUGGAAAAAUCAUGCUUAGUGAAGUUAAACAAACUAUCGACCAAUCAAUAAACCUUUAUUGGAAGGAUUACAUUGAAGAAUCUUCAGCUUUUCAAAGAUAUAGCAAUUAUUUAUUGAAUAUUUUGCAAGUUAAAGCUUUUAUAGAAGAUGGAGAUAAUGCUGAGGUACAACAAGAAAUUUCAACAUUAAAUGAUGAAUUAGAAAGCAUAACUAAUGAGUUACACAAAGUAGUUCAAGAUUGGAAAUCCGAAUUUAAAAGAUGUAGAGUGUCUAAAGGAAAAUUUAAAGCGGUUGCUAAAAUGUUAAUAUUAUAUAAAUCAGUUUCGCCACAAUCUAUAAUCGACUGUGAAAUCCCAUCAUAUUUUGUUGAUGUAGAAAGUUCAUCCGUUGUUCUUGAAAGUAAUAUUAAAAAAGGGCUUUACAUGUACAGUGCAUCCGUAGCCGAAAAAGUAGUUGGAAAUUUUGAAAAGAAUGAUCCAAAACUUCUUGAAUUGCGAGAAGAAAUUGAUUAUUUGAAAAGUAUGAGUGAAUGUGAAAAUAUUCUUAAGGUAUAUGGACUCGUUCGUCGAAACUCAAGUUAUAGUGUUAUUUUGAAAUGGGGUGAAUAUAACUUACAACCUUAUCUUGCGAAGAAUCCGAAUAUGGAAUGGACAAAAAAAUUAUCGAUCGCACGCGGAAUUGCCAACGCGUUGAACUUUAUUCACAAGGAAAACAUUUUACAUUAUGAUAUUAAAAGUGAUAACAUUUACUUGGAUAUUCGUUUACAACCUAAACUUUGUGGUUUUCGUAUCGCAAAAGAUUUGACAAUCAUGAUGACUUCGGCUAAUGAGCCAACGAACCCAAGAUGGACUUCUUCUGAGAAAUUUCGAGGAGAAGAAUAUACUAAAGCGAGUGAAAUUUACAGCUUUUCCUUAAUCCUUUGGGAAAUCAUUAAUCACAAAGUUCCAUUCCACAACGUAGAUCCUGAUGAGAUUAAAACCAAGGUUCUCAGCGGAGCACAUCCACAACCUGAAACAAUUAAUAACGCACCAGUCAAAUAUCAAAGAAUAAUGAAAAGAGGAUGGGACUUGGAUCCAAGACAACGUCCAUCAAUUGAAGAAAUAAUUAAAGUAUUAAAUGAAUUAGAUUCAGAAUGGCAUAAUAGUUAUAUCGGAGAUGAAGAUAAUAAAUUACUUUCGCCAAAUGCUGCAUUUAGGGAUGAUGUUUCAUUUGAAGAUAAUGCUUCCUCAUUUUAUACGGAUUUUUCAAAUUCAAAUUACGGUACUGAAGUAAAUUUAAAUGUUACAACACAAAUUUCAAAAAAACAUAUAUCUUUAGAUAAGCUUAAUCCAUUCCACAAACAUUUAGAUAUUGAAGAUGCGAUUAUAUUACAUAAUAAUAGACAAUACAAGAAGGCAUGGAAAUUGUUUAAAGAAAUCGAGAGAAAAACUGGGACACCUGAUGCGAAAUUUUGUGUAGGAUACUAUUAUCUACAAGGAUUUCAUAAUGGACGUGGCGGCAUACCAGAUCCAGAUGCAAGUUUAAAAUAUUUAUAUCAGGCAGCAAAAGAUGGUCAUCGUAACGCUCAAUAUUGGUACGCUGAAAUACUUUUAAAUUCGAAUUAUAAAAUAAAAGCUCAAAAAUUCGAUAGAGAUUAUAAACUUGCGAUGGUAUUUUUGGGUGAGGCCGCAAAGCAAGGUAGUAUUUCCGCCCUGAGAGAUUUGGGAGAAAUUAAGAAGAAAGGGAAGUACGGUAGCUCUCAUGAUCAUACUGUUGGAAAGGAAAUGAUUAGAAAAGCUCAUACUAUGAGUUUACUUUAUUCCCUAGACGGUCUAAGAUAG